GAAAUGUAGUGAACCGUCGAGACCAAUCAAAGACGGAAAAGGCAGGCUAAUCACUGAAAUCCAAGAACACAUGGGGGGACACUUUAGGGAACUGUUGAAUGGGCCAGAUCCACCGGAUAUCGAAGCAGCACAUACAGUCCUUCCUAUUAAUGUCACUGCAUCAACGACCAAAGAAAUCAGGAUGGCCAUAAGACAAAUCGAGAGCGGCAAAGCAUCAGGAAGAGAAAACAUAACAGCCGAAGCACUAAAGUCAAACAUAGGGGCAACUGCGAACAUGCUCCACGUUCUGUUCAGGAAUAUUUGGGGGGAGGUUUAAUGGCCCGAUAUCUGACUUUAUUUGAAUCGUAUGAGUGAUUACUAUUGAAAUAAACGUAACGUUAAUCCUCGUGUAGUAUCAGCGACUUAAAUCGCGUCAGUGAUUAACGGAAUUAAGUGAGUCAUAUAUGAGAAUUAAGUUUCAGUGCGUAUAUUUCAUACAAUCGUUGAUCGGAAAGCGAAGCAAAACGGGACGGCACACAAUGGAGAAGGCGAGUGAAUCAACUCAAUUUAGUUAAGCGUGAAUCGAUAUUUAUAGUUGAACAAAAAUAUGUUACAGUCAUGUGAUGAGUAAGAUGAGAAACGCAUACGCUUACAUAAAAACAGUCAAGGUUGAUAAGCGAAUAACUAACAAGGUCAAAAUGUGACUCCAGAAGAAUGAAUAAAUUGGCCUGUCCGGAAGCUAGAAUAAGCUAUAUGGGCUUGAAAUAGCAACCGACACUGCAGAGGAACAAGUUCCAACAGACAGAAAUGAAGAUAUCAAAGAAUGUAGAUCUGAGCAAAUGUGAGAACUACAGAGGGAUCACACUACAAUCGGUACCACGAGAGGUUUUCAACAGAGUGUUGUCCAACCGAAUGAAAGAUUUAGUGGGCACCCAACUUUAGGAUCGAUACACCGGAUUGCGUAAGCAUCGGUCGUGCACAGAUCAAAUUGCGACACUACGGAUCAUCGUUGAACGAUCAAUUGAAUGGAACUCAUCACUACCCAUCAACUUCAUUGACUAUGAGAAGGCGAUUGACAACGUAGAUCGAAGAACUUUAUGGAACCUCUUUAGACACUGUGGUGUACCUGCGAAGAUUGUCAACAUCAUCCGGAAUUCAUAGGAGGGAUUACUCUUCAAAGUCGUGGAUGAAGGAAUGCUGGCAGAUGCGUUCCAAUUGAUGACCGGAGUCAUACAAGGCUGCUUACAUUCCCCUUCCUCUUUCUUCCGACAGUUGAGUGUAUUAUGAAAACCUGCGUCUGAGGGGAAGCACGGAAUACGAUGGACAGGUUGAAUGCAACUGGACGAUUGGGACUUCGCAGAUAACCGAGCUCCUCUAUCCCGUAUACACCGACAAAUGCAGGUGAGGACAGUCAGUGUAACAACAACACCUGUCUGUAGCAUUAGGGCUAAAAACACACUAGGGGAAAAGCAAGAUCCUGAAACAAAACACGGGGAACACUGGUUCAGUCACACUUGAUGGAGAGACUCUGGAAGAUGUGGAAAAGUUCACUUAUCUGGGCAUCAUCAUCGAUUAACAAGAGGGACCUGGUGCAGACUUAAAGGCAAGAAUUGAACAUAUGGGACUCAAAAGAACUUUCAACUAAUAUGAAUGUUAGAACUGGGAUCCUCCCAGUUAAAGGAGUUCUGGAUUAUAAGACGAAUGUGAAUGAUGAUUACAGCCAUUGGCUUCUGUUCUCAAUCACAUCUAAUACCGUUUCAAGCUAAUGAGUUGCACCAUCUGUCGGACCACAACCAUUAAGUAUUUGUCGAAAUCACUGAUGACCUCCAACAUAAAUCAUACGAAUGAACAACUUCCUUGUACAGAAAAUCACUCGGAGUUAAAAGAAGUUUUGAAACCGUGCGGUAAACUUCCGCCGACAAACGACAUAAAAUUGGAUCGAUCUUACUUUAAACGUAAAGUCCCAAUGAUAUUCGUCGGUAUUCAAUGUGAUAAACAUGUCAAGACGUCUUUAGAGAAGUUGAAGCCAUUUUUCUGUCCUUUUAUCCGACUACCUAAAAUAUCUAAAACUUACCGAGAUUCAAAUGGAUCGUUGCGUAAAUUGAUGCUGGUUCAAAUGCCUGAACCUGAUAAAAUCUUACAGUUUAUAACUGAUUUAAAUCAGUGGAACGUUGAUUUACCUAAAGAUUACGCAAAUCUUCGACCAGUCGAUUUAUCUGUACCGAAAUUGCCCGAAUGUCUAAACGAUUUGAAAGCUGAAAAUUCAUUGAACGAUGAAGCAUUUAAAAAAGUUGCUCUUGAUAAAAUACCAAAUAUUCGCACAGUUAUUCAUAAAGCUGCGAAUAUUGAAUCGGCUUAUCGUACUUUUGAAAUGGAAUUACUUGCUGGUGCUCCUGAUUACAUAACAUCAAUGCGUGAAAACAGUGUAACGUUGCACUUGGAUAUUAGUAAAGUUUACUGUAAUCCGCGUUUGGGUACUGAACAUACACGAGUCGUUAACAGUUUGCGUCCACCUCUUCCAAUUAAUGAUCCAUUUCUUACACCGCGACCUAUUCCUGGAGAUCGUGUAGUUGUUUAUGAUGUAUUUGCUGGCAUUGGACCUUUCUCUAUUCCAGCUGGUCGAGCAGGAUGUCAUGUGUUGGCGAAUGAUCUCAAUCCUGAUUCGUUUAUUUGGCUUAAAAAAAACGUUGCCCAAAACUCAUCGCGUAAACGCCCUUUGAAAAAUAUUGUCUGCUACAAUAUGGAUGGACGUGAAUUUAUUCGUGAAAUUCUUCUUCCGCACUACAGAAAAUAUGGGAAUUCUGACACAACUGAAUCAGCUGAUUGUGAUUCUAUUUCACUAUCAAUUGAUCGUUUUGUAGUUAUUAUGAAUCUUCCUCAAUUGGCUAUAGAUUUUUUAGAUGCAUUUGUACCACCAUUGAAUUGUAUAAAAUCAUCAAAUAUCAUUAAUGAUAAUAGUGUAACUGCCAAUCUAAAUGAUUCAUCUGUUAUACGUCAAAAAUGUAUUAAACCUUUAUAUAUUUAUUGUUAUUGUUUUAUGAAACGUAAUAUUGAAUCGGAACAAACUAUUAAAAUACGUUUAGCUAAAGCUUUAAAUACAAAUAUGACUGAUUUAUUUCAAUUUAUUAAUUCAACAACAAAUGAUGAAACAGUUGAUAAUAUGAACAAUGAACAAAUUAAUGAUAAAUGUUUCAUAAGAAAUUGGCAUUAUCGUUUUGUACGAAAUGUUGCUCCAUAUAAAGAUAUGUAUUGUGCUGAAUUUGAAUUAUAUUUACCAAAACUAUGGUUAUUUUAUGAUUAUUCAAGUCCAACAGUAAAACGUUCUCGAACUAUUGAAAAUGAACUAAUUGAAUAA